AUGCAUAGUUGGAACAACACCAAUGUGCCUGACUUCAUCCUCCUGGGGCUGGCAGAUUCUGCAGAGACACAGCUGGGCCUCUUCCUGCUCCUCCACGCCAUCCACCUGGUCAUGGUGCUGGGGAACGCAGGGAUGAUCCUGCUCAUUUGUCUGGACCCCCGGCUUCAAACCCCCAUAUACAUUUUCCCCCCUUACCUGUCCUUUCUCGACCUCAGCUACUCCAGUGUGAUCAGCCCUAGAUCCUUACAGGACUUAGUGUCCUCCACCAAUAGCAUCUCAUUCCUGGGCUGCUUCACCCAGAUGUACUUUUUAAUAUUUAUUGCUACUGAAUGCUUUCUCCUUUCCUCCAUGGCCUAUGACCGCUAUGUGGCUAUCUGCAACCCUUUAUGCUAUCCAGUCCUUAUGUCCCCAAGACUAUGCCACUCACUGCUAGUUGGUUCUUAUGUCCCUGGUCUUGUGCAUUCCACUGUGAAUGUGAUUUUCAUAAGCAGACUGCAUUUCUGCAACUCGAAUGCCAUCCAUCACUUUUUCUGUGACCUCUCCCCGGUUUUAGCCUUGUCCUGCACUGAUACUACGGAUGUGGAACUCAUUAUCUUCAUGUGUGCUGGAUUCAACUUAGUGCUGUCCCUCAUCACCAUCUCUCCAUCCUGUGUGUCCAUUCUCCUCACUGUCUUGAAAAUUAACUCCAUUGCAGGAAAGCGAAAGGCCUUCUGCACCUGUGCCUCCCACCUGCUGGGCGUCACCACCUUUUACAGCACUAUGCUGUUUACUUACCUCAGACCAAAGCAGUCCUACGCCCUGGGCAAGGACCAGGUGGCUUCUGUGUUUCACACCAGCGUGAUCCCCAUGCUGAACCCCCUCAUCUACAGCCUCAGGAACAGAGAAGUUAAAAAAACUGUCAUUGGAAUCUGCAGAAAAGAGAUGGCUCCUUGCAACUAA